CGGACCAAUAGGGCGACGACAUCUGGAUAUUGGAAAGCCACGGGCAAGGAUCGAACGGUGGUGGAUCCGAUGACGAGAGAGGUUGUAGGGAUGAGGAAGACGUUGGUGUUCUACAGGAACAGAGCUCCCAAUGGUAUCAAAACGGGUUGGAUCAUGCAUGAGUUCCGCUUGGAGACCCCACAAAUGCCCCCUAAGGAAGACUGGGUUUUGUGUAGAGUAUUCCACAAAACCAAAUCAGAUGACAACACCAACAACAGCAAUAUCAGUGCCGAACUCAUGUGGGAUUCCAUUUCAUCUCCUUCUCUAACUUUGGCUUCUUCGUCUUCUCCAACCAGCCACAACUUCCCUCUCCUCGCCUACAACCAACUUUCCUCUUCUUCUACUUCCUCCAUCCCCACCUUCAUUAAUAACACCCAACCCAACCAUCAUUCUAAUUCUCUCCUCAACUUUCUUCAAUUUUCUCGGGAAACAAACACCGCCACCACCAGCACCGUUACUCAGGACCAGAUUAGCCCCAGAGGCGGCGGCGGCGGCGAUGAUGGCUAUGGCGGCUUCUUCUGGGACAUGGGCCUCGAAGAUAACAGCGGUUUUCAGAAUGGCGUCGAUGCUAUGCGAUCCUUCGAGGUUGAUAAUAAUAGCAUGGUCUUGUUGUGAAGCGUUGGUGUGUAUAGUGUUUUGUGGAUUAUUAAUUAUUGUUCCUAUAAAAAUUACCAAAAAUUUGUUCAUUGUGAUGUAUUUGUGGUGUCUGGCUUUGAGGAACAAGUCACGUGCUUGAUCGCAAGUUGUAAUAGGGGUUAUGUGGUAUACUGUUCAAGUGCUUAGAAGUAUAUGGUCGAUCAAUUAGUUUUUUUUAAAAUUAUUUUUUGGGGUAUACAUCAAUUAGGCUGUAGUG